GCGCAUCGGACACCUCCGGCACAACAAAGCAUGUGUCGCUCCGGUACAUUGUUUCUCCUCUGAACCAGCGGAAUAUUGCAUUUUGUUCGGAUUUUGUGGCGCUUGCUUCCCCCGCUUGAUGCUAAUCCUCGAGUAGUGGCUACCAUGACAACAGAGGCGAGCGCUGUGAGUGAGGCCGACACCGAGGGCAAGCAGAAGGCCAGCGGCGCCGAGCCCGAACCCGAGCCGGAGAGCAAGCAGAAGCCCGAGGCGGCGGCGGCAGCGGAGCCGGAGGGCGAGCAGUCCAGCAAGAAGGCCCAGGAGAAGGCGGCGGAGCCUGGGCCCGCCGAUGCUGCUGCCUCCCCCGAGGAGGAGCAGCUGAAGCCCCGCACCAGGACCUCCGCCGGGAAAGGCCUCUCCCGCCUCUUCUCCUCCUUCCUCAAACGCCGCUCGCAGUGCUCCGAGGGCGAGGGCUUCGAGGCAGAGAAGGCCAGGGAGGAAAAGGCAGAGAAGGAGGAGAAACCUGACAAGGCAGAAGAGGAGAAGAAAGACGAGGUGAAAACUGAGGAGAAGGAGGUGAAGCCAGAGGAGGAGAAACCUGAGGUCAAAGAGGUGAAGAAGGAGGAAAAGGUCGAAGAAAAGGAGGAAAAACAGAAAGUGGAGGAGAAAGUUGAGAAAAAAGGCAGUAAAAAGAAAAAGAAAGAGGCCAAGAAGAAAGCUGAAGAAAAAGAUGAGGCUAAAGUGAGUGAAAGUAAAAAGGAAGAGGAGAAGUCAAAAAAGAAAGAGGAGGAGGAGAAGGAGAAAGAGAAGGAGAAGGAGAAGGCCCAGCAGAGUGUAGAAAAGGAGGAGGAGAAGUCAGAAGCAAAGGAAGAAGAGAAGAAGGAGCCUGCUGCUGCUGAAGUAAAAGGAAAAGAGGCAGAGGCUGGGAAGAAAGAGGAAGAGAAAGGAGACAAAAAGAAAGAGUCGAAGAAAAAAGAGAAGGAGGACAAGGUGAGAAAGAAGGAAGAGGAAAAAUCCAGAAGGAAAGCAGAGGAAGAGGAAAGGGCCAAAAAGAGAGAAGAGGAGAAGGCGAAAAAGAAAGCAGAAGAAGAAGAACGGGUGAAAAAGCGAGAGGAGGAGAAAGCAAAGAAGAAAGAAGAGGAGAAAGCCAAGGAGGCUGAAAAGACAAAAAAGAAAGAGGAAGAAAAGGCGAAAAAGAAGGAGGAUGAGAAAGUGAAGGAGGAAAAAGCAAAAAAGAAGGAAGAGGAGAAACCAAAAGAGGAGUCGAAAAAGAAAGAGGAGGAGAAGGGCAAAGAGGAGCUGAAGAAGAAAGAAGAGAAGGAAAAGGAGGAAGAGAAGAAGGAGGAGAAGCAGCAGGAGAAGGGGAAGAAAAAGGAGAAAGGGAAGAACAAAGGAAAGAAGGAGGAGAAAGGGAGCGAGGAGAAGUUGAAAGCACCGAUCGCUGCUCCGGAGCCCGAGCUGAAAACCGAGCCAGACGUCGAGGCGACUCCCGACCAGCACUCUGUGAGCAGCGCCGAGGCGCAGCCCCCUCAGGAGGAGGCGACAGCAGAAGCUGCAGUGAAGAAGGACCCUGAAGUCGCCGAAGAGGUGACAAAGGAGGAUACAGACGAGAAGCAGGCAGAAGAACCUGCAGAGCCGAAGGAGGAAGAGGCUAAACAAGACGAAAAGAAGACAGAGCAGGCAAAGAAAGGAAAGCCUGCAAAGGAGAAGAAGACUGAACAGAAGAGUGAAGAAGCCAAAGGCUCCAAACGUCAGAAAACCAUGCAGUGCAAAGUCACCUUACUGGACGACGCUCAGUUCGAGUGCGAGCUCGAUAAACAUGCUAAAGGACAAGAGCUCUUCACAAAGGUCUGUGACCACAUCAACCUGCUGGAGAAAGACUACUUCGGACUGGCGAACUGGGAAACCCCAACCAGCAAGACAUGGUUGGACCCCGCCAAAGAGAUCCGGAAGCAGGUUUCUGGUGCUGUCUACGAGUUUACAUUCAACGCAAAGUUUUACCCUCCCGAUCCUGCUCAGCUCACUGAAGACCUCACCAGGUACUUUCUCUGCCUCCAGCUGAGGAAGGACAUCAUGCGUGGCGUGCUCCCCUGCUCCUUCGUCACGCUGUCCCUGCUGGGCUCCUACACGGCGCAGUCUGAGCUGGGCGAGUACGACCCAGAGCUCCACGGAGCCGACUACGUCAAAGAUCUGAGCCUGGCGCCCGGGCAGAGUAAAGAGCUGGAGGAGAAAGUGAUGGAGCUGCACCGCACAUACAGGUCAAUGAGUCCCGCCCAAGCAGAUAUGCUGUUUCUGGAGAACGCUAAGAAGCUUGCCAUGUAUGGAGUUGACUUGCACCAAGCCAAGGAUCUUGACGGGGUCGACAUCACGCUGGGGGUCUGCUCCAGUGGGCUGAUGGUUUACAAGGACAAGCUGAGGAUCAACAGGUUCCCCUGGCCUAAAGUGCUCAAGAUCUCUUACAAACGGAGCAGCUUCUUCAUCAAAAUCAGGCCGUCUGAGCAAGAGCAGUAUGAAAGCACCAUUGGCUUCAAGCUGCCCAACUACAAAGCCUCCAAGAAGCUGUGGAAAGUUUGCGUUGAACAUCAUACCUUCUUCAGGGUUUCGACCGUGGAGCCUCCGUCGUCACGCCGCUUCCUCGUGCUGGGCUCCAAGUUCAGAUACAGCGGUCGCACUCAGGCCCAGACCCGCCAGGCCAGCUCCAUGAUCGACCGGCCGGCUCCUCGCUUCACGCGCUCCGCGAGCAAGAGGCUGUCCCGCAACCUGGACGGAGCUGGAGAAGACACACUCCAGUUUCUGCAGAGACUUUCUGCAUCAGCCAGGUCUGAGGUCGAUGACUGGUCGCUGGUGAUGGCUUCUGACAAACCCCAGCCGUCCCCUGAGCUCUCAGCCAGAGGGGCUUCUCAGCAGGCUUUCUCUCAGUCCUGGGAGGAGGGCCAGUCCAUUCGAACAGUCUCAGUGACACAGUCUGGGAGCGCCGGCUCUCAAACCGCUACCCAGACAGGAGAGGAGCUGCUGACUGGGGAGCAGCAGCCGAGGACGGAGGACGAGUGGUCUGCCCUCCUGCGUCGCCAGCCUCCUUUUCCUUAUCUCCCACCUUUUGAUUCUGUGAAACAGCCAGCUCAAAUAAGCUUGUCUGAAAAGAGCUCUAUGGACCGGCUAUUGCAACCAUCAACGAUGCAGCAAGACGAUUGGUUUCUCUACUUUGAUCGAAUCUUCAGCUCAUCCUCCCUUGAGCCUGUUGGAAAACCUCCGUUCUCUCCCGCUGAGCAGCUCUUCUUCCAGGAGGAGGAAUCUGUCGUGCGUUCUGCAGAACAGGAGCUGAGCACUCAGGAGGUCAUAGAGAGGUUGCAGGAAACCGUCACCAUAGUGGACAGGAUGGCAGAGGGAGAGGCUUUAGAGGUGAAGCUGAGGGAGGUGAGGGACCUUGAGGAAAGGCUGCAGGAGGUCGAUGAAAAAGCAGCCAGACUCCAGGAAGUAAUCGAGAGAGAACUCGGCCAGGAAGAGGUGGAAAAGUUGAAAGAGGAAAUGAGAGCCAUGCAGGAGGAACAGCAAGCGAAGCUUGUGACAGAAAUGGUGGUGAGGAAAUCUGUGAGGGAAAUAGGAAUGGAAGACGGUGGCGUAGAUGAACUGGAAGAACAAAUCAAACAGGUGUUUUUGAAAGGCUUAUUACCUGAAGACGAGGAGGUGACGGUGAAACAGGAGAGCAAAGUCGAGGUGAUGGAUGGAACUCUGCUCGAUGAUAAUUUGAGGGAGAGGUUACGCCAGAUAGAAAGGGAAUGGCAAGAAGAGGUGAAGGAGAAGUUUGGCUCUCCAGAUGUUGUCGGCACCACUUCUGUAGUAACGUACCAGAAGGUUGAGACGACGGAGAGCAAAGACGAGGUGAUGGAUGGAAGUCAGCUGGAUGAUAAUUUGAGGGAGAGGUUACGCCAGAUAGAAAGGAAAUGGCAAGAAGAGGUGAAGGAGAAGUUUGGCUCUCCAGAUGUUGUCGGCACCACUUCUGUAGUAACGUACCAGAAGGUUGAGACGACGGAGAGCAAAGACGAGGUGAUGGAUGGAAGUCAGCUGGAUGAUAAUUUGAGGGAGAGGUUACGCCAGAUAGAAAGGAAAUGGCAAGAAGAGGUGAACGAGAAGUUUGGCUCUCCAGAUGUUGUCGGCACCACUUCUGUGGUAACGUACCAGAAGGUUGAGACGACGACGAAGAAGAGCGUGGCGAUUGUAGGACAGAGAGGUGAAAGUACGGAAGAUGUGCAGAUUCAAUAUAACGUCUCCGAGCGGACGAUUGAGAAACAGAGCAUAGAGGAGAAGUCGGGUUUACUGGAAGAGAAGACACAGAGAGAGGAGACGGAGCAGCUUCAGCCUGAGAAUCAGGGGGAGGAUUUAGAUGUGUGGUUCCUGCGUUUUGACCGACCUCCAUACAAAUCAGUUUACAUACCACCAGUUACCCCUGUGGAACGUGCUCAGGCGGAGGAAGGCGAGUAUCUCACGUCAGAGACUGAGAUCACGAAACGUGUGGUGAGAACUGAGAUUCAGGUAGAGGAGGGGCAAAUGAGAGAAGAGGAAGUGUGGCGCGCACCAGAGAUCCCUCAACCACCGACCGUCACAGAGAGGGAUGAUGACUGGUUUGUGCUCCUGGAUGUGAUUCCAAGAGAAACGUCUUAUGUACCACCAGUUGCGGUGGAGGAACGAGUCCAGAUGGAUGAAGACGCUUCCUUCUCCCAAGUUGAAGCUGCAGAACCUGAAGACACCAAAGAAGAAUUGUUGGUAAUUGAAGAGAGAGAAGCAGUAGAGGAGACACCGAUGUAUCUGCAAGAAAUCCCUCAGCAGCCAGUGACGGACAGAGAGGACGACUGGUUUGUGUUACUGGAGCUUCUUCCCAGAGAAACAUCCUACGUACCGCCAGUUGCUGUGGAGGAAAAAGUUCAGGUGGUUGAAGAGGUUUCAGAAGAUGUGGUUCAAGUUCCAGAAGCUCAAGUUACAGAAGAUGAAGACAGCAAGGAAAAAGCAGUAAUAGUAGAGAGAGAAACCGUAAAAGAGGCCACAAGAUAUCGGCAAGAGGUUCCACCAGAGCCCGUGAUGGACAGAGAAGAUGACUGGUUUGUGUUGUUGGAUCUUCUUCCCAGAGAAACUUCGUAUGUCCCAGUUGUUGUUGCAGAACGUAGUCAAGCGUCUUCAGACGAAGGCGUGUCUCUGACUGAGGUAGCAACUGUUUUGCGGAGAGAAGAAAAGGUGGAAUUGCUUGUCGGAGACACUGAAAUGGAGAAACUUCCAAGUAAAGAGUCGAUAGUGGCGGUGCAACAGGGAGUGCCGGCCAGAGAAGAUGACUGGUUUGUGCUGCUCGAUGUUCCUCUGAGAACGCCAUCCUUUGUGCCACCAGUAGUUUCCCAGGCUGACGUCCGUCCGAGAGAGACCAUUUCUACUGUGACUGAAAUAAAAGCAGUAGAGUCCAUCACGGAGGUGGUAGUUGAAGACACUGUGGUACAGACAGAGCGGGAGAAGUCUGUUAAGCAGAUUAUAACGCAGCCAGAAGUCGUCCAGCCUGUGAGGGAGAGGGAGGAUGACUGGUUUCUGCUUCUUGAUGCUGCUCCCAGAGAGACUUCCUAUGUGCCCCCAGUUUCUGUGCUGCCACGCACAAAACUCUAUCCAGAUAUUCCAGUUGAAGUGAAGGUUGAGAAGCAAAAGUUGAUUCAGACUGAAGCCGAAGUGAUCCCAGCUCGGCCUUCGCCACAGCCACUGCCAGAGAGGGAGGAUGACUGGUUUGUGCUGUUAGACGUCGUCCGUGAGAAGGCAGUCAUCAAACCAUCAGUUGCUCCAGUUACGAUUAUUCCGGAUGUGAAGAGGAUGUUUGAGGCUAAAGUGACAACCACAGAGACUAGAACAUGGGAGAAGGUGAUAAUUACUGAGGAAAGCAGGCAAGACAGGACAAGCUCGUCUGAAAUUAGACCGAGCCAAAAAUCGGAGCGAGUGGGAGGAGACGAUUGGUUCCUGCUUUUCGACCCCGUCCAGAAAAAGCCUGUCGUCAUGCCUCCAGUUCCUGUGGUCAAGCGUGUUGUUGAGGCAGCUGCUCCCGCUGAGCCGAAACCAAAACUCAUCAUGGAGGACGUGAGGCCGCCGGUGAAGCUGGUGGAGGUUAAACCAGUACAGCCAAGAAGAGUGGAUGAUGACUGGUUUGAGCUCCUAGAUGUUACAGCAAAGACAUCAGUGCCCGUGGACAAACCGCUUCGUGUGUUUUCUGGAGUAACACCAGCUGCUGGAGUGCAGCGGCUUGCAGUCUCUGAGCAGAGAGUGCAGCAGAGGGUUACAGUAGUGAAGCAGACAUGGCGGCAGGAGGCUGUGGUGCGGCAGGAGGCUGUGGUGCGGCAGAAACCACGCCCAGCAGUCAGACAGGUGGACGAUGACUGGUUUGUUCUUUUCGAUGCGGCCCCGAAGAAAUCAGUUGCUGUGCCCCAGCGUGUCCGCUUCCCAGCGGAGGUCAGAGCUCCAGCUGCGGCCAAAUCAAGGAUCACUGUGUCUGAGAGGAGGCCGCAGUUUGAGAAACGCAUCCUGGAAGAAAGACGUCCGCUCACUUACACGCACGUCAGUGAUGACUGGUUCACACUGCUAGAUGUAGACCUCAAAGAGUCAGUUGCUGUGAGCACACAGAGGGGCACGCGUCCCGUCAGCGCUCCGGUCUUCUCCCAGGCAGCCCUGAUGGAGGCCGGCAUCCCCAUGGCCCCCUUCGACCAGCCACAGACCUCGACUCCGAUCAAGACCAGCCGCCAGGAGGAGCGAAAGCUGGAGGUCACAGUGGAAGCAGUGGAGCCGUCUAAAGGCGAGGCGGAGGCCAAGUCGGCAGCUUGGAGAUCCCAGAGAGAAGUAGACUCGUCAGUGAUCUCCACCAUCAAUGGGGACGUUCAGCACGAGUCUGAGAUGUCGAGCGUGGAGGUGGUGCGAUUGCGAAAGAAAAGAGCUAAGAAAAUUGAGGGUGACUCAAUUUAUGUCAGACAUAGCCUUUUAAUGUUGGAGGAGUUCGAUAAGCCGCAGGAGGACCUGCUCAAGCAUCACGCCAGCAUCAGCGAGCUGAAGAGGAACUUCAUGGAGGCCGUCCCGGAGAGCCGGCCCAGCGAGUGGGACAAGCGCCUGUCCACACACUCGCCUUUCCGCACCCUGGGCAUCAACGGUCAGCCGCUGGCCGGUGCAGACGGGAGCGUGUUCUUUAGUUCCCAUUGCAAUGGUGCAGAGACAAAGGCCGCACACCAGGAAACCAGCAGUAAUCUGGGCUUUUCAGACAUAUCCAGUCCCACUGUGAGCCACAGGAGCGAGCCUGAUAGAGGUGAAGCCCGCGGCGCCGUGGCGGAGGACGAACCGUGUGAUCAGGAAGACUUUGCGGUCUUUGAGACCACCUCGGUGCCGGUGGUAGAGGUGGAAAGGGCCCAGCUGCUUCCCUCCUCCAAGGCUUUAGACGAGACGCAGGACCGCAGAGGACCGUCUCCCGGAGCGGCCGAGUCCUCUGGGAGGAUAACCGGCUCGUCCCCAGCUUCCUAUUUCUGGAGCGAUGGUCCGCAGGUCACACGCUGCUUCCAGCCCCCCCUGGUGCAGACCCAGACUGUCACCAUCACUGCCGCCUCCAACUCCUUACCCAGUGACAUCUCCACCACAGAGGUCCCUAUCGUCCCGACCAAGACCGUCACCUAUGUGUCUUCACAGGUGGCCGUUGACGGGACGGACGAGGACAAAGACGGCGCGUCGGAGUCCACCGCGAACACCAUUACCUCAGAGACCAUCAGCGGCACCACCGUCACCACCACCACCACUCACAUCUCCAAGGUGGUGAAAAGUGGCUCUUCAGAGACUCGUGUGGAGAAGAGAAUCGUCAUAACAGCAGAUUCUGACAUCGACCAAGAUAAGGAGAAGCAUGGAGGAGCAUCAGCGUUGUAACUGAAUCAGGACCUUCUCUCGACUCGGCCUCCCUCCUCGUCUCUUCUCACACAUAUCUCAAAGAAAGUCUCUCAUAAAUCUGCACCUGAAUGGAUCAAUAACUGAGUGGGUAAAACAUAGCAGAUCCUUUUUUGUUUGUUUUUUUCAGUUAAACAGUUUCUUAGGUAGAGCUGCACUGCGCACAGACUCCAAUCCAACUCUUACGUCGUCCCGUUGUUGUGAAAGCUUAGCGAGUACAUAUUCCGUCGGCUCCGAAACCGGCAUUUUGAGUUGCGUGAUCUCAGUUAAGUUUGCUUUUAAAAUGCUUUGAUUUUCACAUUGUUGAUUUUCUACGAGACGUACUGUUUCCGUUGUAGCGUAGACGACCAUUUGUCAGCAUCUCCUCCCUUGGUGCUGCUCGGGGAACGUUAAGACCACAUUCAAGGGAACUCUUUUACUUCUUCUCGUUGCUGGCCUGUCUUAACUCAGGAGCGACGUGGCUUUUAUUUGUGCAAAGGACAAAUGACAUACCUCUCUCAUCCACACGUGAACGACAGUUUGGCUCUGUUCACUGCUCAGGUACAAAAACUGAAAUUUUAAGUUUGCUUCCCCGGCCAGCCAAGAAGCCGUAGCCUACACACUCUUGUAAUUUAAUAAACAAAUUGAUCUAUUUUGAAAUAUUUCUCUAUUUUAUAGAAGUAAUGUUUUUAUAGUAUUUGUACAAAUUUGAGGUUUUUAAUUUAAAUUGUAGGUUACCGUUGUGCUGUCGACUGAAUUUGUAGGUCUCUUUCAGACCCGUCUUGCCUGACACCCUGAAUCGUUCUUACUCGUUUCCUCUUGUAGUCCACCAAGUCGAUCAGGAAUAUUGUCACCAUUUUAGCGUAGGCAGCGGAGCGCUUCCCCUCAGUUUCACAAAGUCGCUUUGAACAGAUUUGGUUGAUGAGAAAGUUUCACAAGCUUGGGUCUGUUUUCUCUCAGGUUUUGAUAUUCUUUGUAAGACCACACAGACCUCCAUAUGAUUGUAUGAGGAAUGUCCAUGUAUGUAUAUCCAUCUCUAUUGUAAAUGUACAUUUUAUGUCCAGUCAAGUGAGGUCAAUGAAUAGAAAAUGCUCAUCUGUCACAAUAACCGCGCGCGCGAGACGACGGCAGCUGCCCCGCGAUGCGUGGUUUUGAUCACAGGAGCAAACUUUUUCUUUUUUUUUUUUUACAUGUUCUACUAUACAGUAAUUUAUUUGUAAAGUAGAAAAACAAACUGUUUCAUGUGAUUUGAUGUACUGUGAUGUUUCGGCACAAGCUGGUUUCCAAGCUUCCACUAGAGAUGUCACAGUGUUUUAAAUAUUGCAUUCAUUAUCAACCAAGUUUGUAAAGCCUUUCUAACCACAUAGUCCGAGUAGGUCGCUCUCUCACUCGCUGUUUUCUUGUACUUUUUUUUUCCAUAGAGAAGAAAAUAUGACUCCUGUCUAGAUAGCAUGUUUGUUAGCACUUUUUUUUUAACCCCAAAAUGAAGCCAUUGGUAUUGUAGCUACACGAACAACAACCACAACCUCUCCUUAAUGAAAUGUAGAGUUUCACGUCAAGGGAAUAAAAAAAAAAAAAA